UCUGAGCCAGCGAUGGGGGUGAAGCGAGGAUGCUGAGGAGGGGACUCAACUUGAACAGCCGUCCAAUUCGCGCGCAGCUGGAAUGUGGGAUCUUAUCUCGAGGCCGUAUAAGCAUGGAUGCGACCGAAAAUGCGGCUGAGUCCACUUUUUCGACCUUUUGAAGAGUCUCCAGAACAUCUAUUCCACAGAGAACAACUCAGAGGGCUCCCACCAUUCCUCCUCUGACUGGACUUGUCAGCACCGACGAUGCCUGUUCUAGAACCAGAGCAGCCCAAAGGCCCAAAAGACAGCAAUGUCUUGCCCAAGCUGCCAGUCCCCCCUCUGCAGCAGACUCUGGACACAUACCUGAAAUGUGUGGAACACCUGGUGAGCAAAGAGCAGUUCAGGAAAACCAAAGCCAUCGUGGAAAAGUUCGGGGCACCAGGAGGUGUGGGAGAGCUCCUCCAGAAAAGGCUCCUGGAAAGGAGAGACAAAAUCGACAACUGGGUAUACGACUACUGGCUUGAAGACAUGUACCUGAACAACAGAUUGCCACUUCCCGUCAAUUCUAGCCCUGCUAUGGUCUUUCCAAAACAGACAUUCAGAGAUCGCAAUGACAUGCUCAGAUUUGCUGCUCAUCUCAUCUCAGGAGUUUUGGAGUACAAGGCUCUUCUUGAUGGGCGGGCUCUGCCUGUAGAGUAUGCCCGGGGCCAGCUGGCUGGGACCCCCCUGUGCAUGGAGCAGUACUACAGGCUCUUCACUUCCUACCGCCUGCCUGGACCGAAGCAGGACACGCUGGUGGCUCAGAAGAGCAGCGUGAUGCCAGAGCCGGAGCACAUCAUUGUGGCCUGCAAAAACCAGUUCUUUGUUUUGGACGUGGUGAUAAACUUCCGCCGGCUCAACGAGACGGACCUCUUCACCCAGCUGGAUAAGAUCAUGAAAAUGGCCGACAAUGCAGAGGAAAGGCUCCCUCCUAUUGGUCUGCUCACCUCGGACGGCAGGACACAGUGGGCAGAAGCUCGGAGCUCACUCGUGAAAGAUUCAACCAACAGAGACUCGCUUGAUAUGAUUGAAAGGUGCCUCUGUCUGGUGUGUCUGGACGACCCCUGUGGACUCGAUCUAAAGGACACCAACCGAGCCUUGCAAAUGCUUCACGGAGGAGGGCACACAAAAAAUGGGGGAAACCGCUGGUACGACAAGCCCAUGCAGUUUGUUAUAGGGAUGGACGGCGUCUGCGGCAUGGUGUGUGAGCACUCUCCCUUCGAAGGAAUCGUCCUCGUCCAGUGCUCAGAGUACCUGCUGAAAUACAUGAGAGGAAGUCCCUCCAAGCUGGUGCGAGCGGCCAGCGUCACCGAGCUUCCUGCCCCCCGAAGACUCCAUUGGAAGUGUUCCCCCGAAGUCCAGGGGUUCCUGGCAUCCUCCGCCGACAACCUCCAAAGGCUGGUGAGAAAUCUGGACAUGGAAGUUUAUACGUUCAAAGUUUACGGAAAGGAUUUCAUCAAAAAGCAAAAGAUGAGUCCAGAUGCGUUCAUACAAGUUGCACUACAGUUUGCAUUUUACAGAUGUAAUGGACGGCCGGUGUCCACCUACGAAAGCGCUUCUAUCCGCCGUUUCCGAGAAGGCCGAGUGGACAACAUCCGCUCCGCGACUGCCGAGGCCCUGGCCUUUGUGAAAUCAAUGACGGAUGGGAAGUCUUCUGUACCCGCUGCUGAAAAGAUGAAGAAAUUGUGGGAUGCUAUUAAUGCCCAGACCAGUUACACUGUCCUUGCAAUCAGUGGAAUGGCAAUAGACAAUCACUUACUAGGACUGCGAACUAUUGCACAGGAACUAAAAAUGGAAAAACCAGAUAUCUUCACUGAUGAAACCUACUGGGCCACCAACCAGUUCAUUCUGUCCACCAGCCAGGUGCCCACUACCAUGGAGAUGUUUUGUUGCUAUGGGCCUGUGGUUCCCAAUGGCUACGGCGCCUGCUACAACCCCCAGCUGGACCACAUCAUCUUCUGUGUGUCCAGUUUCCGGGACAGCACAGAGACGUGCUCGGCGGUCUUCGUGAAGGCGCUGGAGGAGUGUCUGGUGGAGAUGAGGGAUCUGUGCAAUAAGUGCAAUGCUGCGGCCAAGCCCAGCGACCAGAAAGAGGGGGCCGCCAAGCCGGUGAAAAAUGGAAGUAAGCCAUAAUGAGGGAAAGAGCACAGUCUGCUCUCCUCUCCCCUCAUCACAAUGACACGAAGACUGUCUUAUAGUCAAUGUUAGUGUUUCCUGACAACAUGCAUUUCAUUACACAUCGAACCUUUUUAAAUGUCAUGACAUAUACACAC